GCAUCGGCAAUUGUUACCACUUCCAACAGAUCAUGAAGCAUACCAAUUGGACCUUGCUAAGUGGUUUUUGCAUCUUUAUGUAAGAUUACUAUUGGUUCAACAUCAUGGUGGCUUCUUGAUGGUGCUAAUCAAUGUUGUCUUAUGAUGAUAGGUGGUAAGUUGCUGGUUUCUGCUCCUCAUCUCAUGCUGAUGAUUCUGAUCCCUUGCUACUCCUGGCCUGUUGACAACAUCAUCAAUACCAACAUCAAUACCAAUACCUUCAUUACUUUCAUCAACAACGAAAUCAUUCAUACUCCCACCUGGACAGCAAACCUUUCAUCUAUUCUUCAGCCUUUGGCUGGCAAUGGAACAUGGUUCACCACUGCAAACGGAAUCAUUCGGAUUGGCAUUGCUACCAUUUUGGUCCUCGAAUAUUCCGCCUUUCUCCGGCAUGACUCGGACGAUGAACUGGGGUUCAUGAAGUCUGCCGUGGACUAUUACAUGAAAUCUCCUACGGCUAUCACUGUGGAGAAAGUCGCGAGGGAAAUUACUGAUCGUGGCCAUAAGAAAGAGGAGCUGAAGACGAAGAUUCUCGAGUUCAUCCUUGAAAAUCGCAUGUCGAAGGAACUGCUCACAAAGAAAUAGAUGGCGCUCAGGGCCAAGUGUCCUGCUUUUGAUGCUUCUCCC